UACAUGAAGUGACUCCUCCUCCGCAAGUCGGUGGCUUGCGAGGACUGUCUUCCUAGAAUAUUGUGUGCUAGCUUGCCCCUUUAUUUCAAAGUGUAGUCAAAGAGAACAAGCCAUCAUGUUCACGCUUUCUGAAGUUAUUGUUAUUUUGGCAACUUUAUCAGCCACAGCGUCGGGAUAUUUCGUCAGCAUAGACGCUCAUGCCGAAGAGUGCUUUUUCGAACGGGUCAACUCCGGUACCAAGAUGGGCCUAAUGUUUGAGGUUGCAGAGGGAGGCUUCCUGGACAUCGAUGUGGAGAUCACUGGCCCAGAUGGGAAGCAGAUCUAUAAGGGAGACCGAGAGUCCAGUGGGAAGUACUCUGUUGCAGCCCAUAUGGAUGGAACAUACAAAUUCUGCUUCAGUAACAAGAUGUCAACCAUGACUCCCAAAAUAGUCAUGUUUACCAUUGAUAUCGGAGAGGCACCCAAAGGUGAUAUCAUGGAGACGGAAGGUGGUGACACCUGGGAUGUCCAUCAAAACAAGCUGGAGGAGAUGAUCAACGAGCUGGCCGUGGCCAUGACGGCCGUCAAGCACGAGCAGGAGUACAUGGAGGUCCGUGAGAGGAUACACAGAGCCAUCAACGACAACACAAACAGCCGAGUGGUUCUCUGGUCCUUCUUCGAGGCACUUGUCUUGGUUGCCAUGACUUUGGGACAGAUUUACUACCUGAAGAGAUUUUUCGAAGUGCGGAGAGUUGUGUAAAAUCUGGGUUUUACAUGUAAGAUUUUUUUACUCCAAAAGUGUGCUCCCCCCAUCAACUGGUACCAUUUGCAGAAAAAUAAAUUUGAAAAUGGUCCAUGGCCAUGCGGCAAGAUUGGAAAUUGUCCGGACCCCAGGAAAAGGUCUCUCCCCACCUUCCGCUCUCUCUCCGUCUUGAAAUAAAAAUGUUUUUCUUUUUGUUGCCCUUGUUACUUUUAGUAGUCACCCUGUUAACAGUGUAAAAAAAACUGUCCUCAGACCCUUGUUAUGAAGACUAACUCUCUGCUGUUAUGGAGUGAUAUUUUUUUUCAUGUUGUCACUAUUUUAUUAGUCAUGAAUUGAAGGGAUGCUGUAUCCUUUGCUAUAACAGUGGGUGGGACGGGGAGGCCUGCAGAUGUUGUGUGGACUUUGAACGUGCACUAUGGGGAAUGGCGCCAUUUUUAAGACGUUCAGUUUUAGUUGUUGUUUAGUUAAUGAAGAGCAAUAUGUUGGGUAUAUGGGCAGGGGUGGCUAUUAGUGUAAAUCCUGCUUUUUCUUUUUGCUUUUGUUUUAUUUUGUUUCUGUACUCGCUUAUCUUCUCAAUGCCUUCUGUGCCGCUAGGCGCACAACCCUCUCAGUCGGUUUCAACAGGCUUGCGAAGGUCACUUUGCCAUCACUGGUCAAAGGGGUUUUGUGAAUGUCAGGGUCAGUCCUGCCUGAUUUCCUCCAAACUCCAUGUGCAAAGCUGUGAUGUGUCCCUAGAAAUCCAGCCAUUCAAACCCAACUUGACCUCCUGCGUUUAAAUUCAAAGUGAAGUUUGGCAACUUUGAGUUUAAAAGUUCUGCUCACACAAAGGCACAUCCUGUAUACACUUUGAAUCAUUUUUGGUUGGUGGAACUAGGAACUCAGCUUUUUCUUUUUUUACUGGGGUGAGAGGUACACUAUAAUGGACACACUGGGAUGUAGAUGACAGUAACUGCUUGAGCUUCAGUAUUGAACCAUGAAAUGGCAAAAAUUUAUCCAACUGUAAUUUUGUACAAAUUUUAAGUUUAUUUCAAUAUAUGUGUGAGGGAAGCUGUGGUUUCUCUCUAUUGUGUUGGGGGGAAAAAAGAAGAGUUGAUUUGAUUAAAACUGCAGGGAGGGACAAAUCUUUGGAAUUGCUGAUCUAAAGUUGUCAAGGUGUGAAGUUCAAACAUGACCUGGCUUUAAUUGGGGAA